AUGAUCGAUGAUCUCCAGGUAACAUCUUUUCCUCUUCAGCAUCUCUUCAUUCCGGUCAUGCUCCUUCUUGUCCUCUUCAGCAUCAAGUGGACUCAUCUUUGUCAAGACGAAGAUGAAUCAUCUUUGUCUGACAAAGAGUCUUCGUCUUUGGACAAAGACGAUUCAUCUUCAUCGAUGACAAAGCUGAGGAGGACUGGAAGGAGCACGACCGGAAGGAAGAGAUGUUGUUUGGAGAUUGUCGGUUGUCGUCAGAAAAUUCAAUCUGAAAGUUUGGAAACCCUGGAGGGAAAUGCUUCUGCUAAUGCACUGCAAGUUGCUGAUUAUGAAGCAAAGAUUCAAUCUUUGAGAAACAAGCCAUACCCGCAUGAUCUUAUCCGGGUUUUGGAUAGCACUGGCGACUUGAACUCUGCUCCAGAUGGGUUGAUUUAUAGGGAGUUAAUUAGAUGCACGUGUGAGACCCAUACUUUAGAUGAUGCGAAUUAUCUUCUUGAAGAGAUGAUGGAAAACGGUAGAACACCUGCUGUUGAUGUGCUUGUUGAUCUAGUAGUAGGACUUUGUGCUAUGCUUGAAGGCUGCUGCAAUGCUGGUAAAGCUAUUUUGGCAAAAAGUAUCCCGGACAAAAUGGAUGAGAGAAACAUAACUGAUUUUCCUGACUCUGCGACAUACUCAGCUCUUGUUGUAGCCAACUGUCGAUUGAGAAAGACUCAUGGAGAGCCUUUGCCAGGCAGGAAAGAUUUGGAGGCUGCUGAAGUAUUUCAUUACAUGUCGAAGAACAGAUGCUCCCUCAGUCCUUCUUACAAUAUGCUGAUAGGUGGCAUGUGUAACAUGGGACAAGUGGAUAAAGCAAUUAGGCUACGGGGUUUUGCUUACAGUUCUAAUACUCCUUAUACUACUCAAACUUACACGACAAUCAUGCAUGGAUUGUCAAAAUUAAAAAUGGCUAAAGGACUAAUGGUAAUUCUCUCACAAAUGUUGGUGGACAGUUGUGCUGUUGAUGUGGAAGUAUAUUGCAUCCUCAUACACAGCAUGAGUGCACAAACUGAACUAGGGAUUCUGCUUUCUUUUUCAAUUGGGAUUGAUAAACUAGUUUCUAAUAGUGAUAUUUUGGAUUCAUCUAUGUAUAACAUACUAAUCAACAGCCUCCGGAAAGAGGGUCUAAAAAGUGAGGCUUCCCGAUUAUUGGAUCUGAUGUUAGAAAAAGGUUGGGUACCAGAUGCUACAACGCACGGACUGUUGGUUGGGUCUUUUAUCAAAAGAGAUACAGAUGGCGAAACAUUUGCAUAUGAGGAUUCCAUGCAAGAUAGUGUUAGCAACAUUCUUGCCGAGGGAAUGGGAAAUACAUGA